AUGGCUCCUCCCGGAGGGUACCGUGGCAAGCGAGAAGAAGAUGGAGGUGAGCGCAGAGGACGAGGAAAACAGCGCGAUGGCCUAGGUACGCCUGAGAGGAGGUCGCCCACCCCUCCCGAUGCCGUGCCUCUUGUACAAAGGAAAAGGAAAGCCAGUGGUUGGGAUGUUCAUGCGCCUGGUUAUGAGCAGUACACGGCAAUGCAGGCUAAGCAGACUGGUCUUUUCAACUUGCCCGGCGCCAACCGUACCCAGAUCCCGCCUAUCCUUGCCAUUCCUGGUCUACCGCCGCCGAUGCCCGUGCAAACAUUCGGAAUGGGCAUUGGCAGUAACCCUAACCUGUCCAGACAGUCGCGCAGAUUGUACAUUGGCAGCAUCACCCCAGAGAUCAACGAACAAAACCUAGCAGACUUCUUCAACUCGAAGAUGAAGGAGAUGGACAUUGGUACCGGUGGACCAGGGAACCCCGUUCUAGCUGUACAGUGCAACUAUGAGAAGAACUACGCAUUCGUCGAGUUCCGCAGUGCUGAAGAUGCUACAGCAGCUAUGGCCUUUGAUGGCAUCAUCUUCCUCAACGGGCCUCUCAAAAUCCGUCGACCCAAGGACUACGGCGGACCUGACGGAAUGGCCCCCAACAUGCAUGUUCCUGGCGUUGUCUCCACUAAUGUCCCCGAUUCUGCACACAAGAUAUUUGUUGGCGGCCUGCCGACAUAUCUCAAUGAAGAACAGGUCAUGGAGCUACUGAAGAGUUUCGGCGAGCUCAAGGCUUUCAACUUAGUGCGUGAAAACGGCAACGGACCGUCCAAGGGCUUCGCCUUCUUCGAGUACGUGGAUGAAAGUGUCACAGAUGUCGCAAUACAAUCCCUUGGUGGCAUGGAACUCGGCGACAAGUACCUCGUCGUCCAACGCGCCUCCGUGGGCGCCAAACCAGGACAGCCUCCUAUCCCAGGCAUGCCGGACAUGUACGACCAGGUCGAGAUCCCGCGGCCCAUCCUGCCCGCGGGCGACAUGGACGGCACAGAAGCACGCAUCCUACUCAUGCUGAACAUGGUCGUCCCCGAGGAGCUCACCGACGACCAGGAAUACGCGGACCUCUACGAGGACAUCAAGGAGGAGUGCGCCAAGUUCGGCGCGGUCACGGACCUCCGGAUACCGCGCCCCGUCAAGCGCGACAAGGCCGGGUGGGGCGACGGUGGCCGCGAGAGCGCGAUCGCCGCGCAGCGCAUGGACGAGGCGGCGGGCGUCGGCCGCGUGUACGUCAAGUAUACGGAGGCGAACAGCGCCGGGGCGGCGCUGAAGUCGCUUGCGGGCCGUAGCUUUGCGGGCCGCAGUAUCAUCGCGACGUUGCUCUCUGACGAGAGCCAGACGACACCCCCGUUGAGCAUCAUCUUCGCCCCUCAGCCUGACGCGCCGCCUCCGUUGCCGCAGGACUGA